AUGGGCUCUGGAAAUAAAAAGAAAGUAUCAGUGGAACUAUCCGAAGACAUAGUGAUCAUUGCCAAGAUUGGCGAACUUAUCAAUGAUUUGUUUAAGGGUGGUGCAUUCAAUAUUGAGACUGUGAAAUUUCUGCUUUCUCGCAUCGAGCAUUAUCCAUAUUUAGGUUCGGUUUUAGGUGUUGGUCUCACCAUUAUUUCACUCACGCAAUCGUGCAAUGACAUGAGUGUCAUAGGUCGAAUUAAAAAACGAUAUGAUGUUCUACUUCAACUAGAUUCAAAUUCAUUCGUGAAACCAGACUUUUACAAGAAAACUGUUAAAGAGCUUUGUGACGAUAUACAAGCUGAUAUUGAAUAUUACAGAAAAGAUUUCAUGUUCAAAGGAAUCUUCAAGGGAGUAAUUGCCGUCUUAGCUGGUUAUGUUAGCUAUGUAGUGCGAACUGUAGCAUUGAUGCUAGGUAUGGGAUUUAUUAUUGACGAAUAUUUUCCUCGCCUCCAUCCGCAAAUGUCUUGUGGUCAAAAUCGUCGUCGACCAAAACGUUCUUCGACCUACAGGUCAAAGCUUGAUGAAUCUUCUUCAAAUAAUACACGGUCGAGUUCAAAAACUACACGCUCACCGUACAGUAAACGAAAUAGUUCUUCAAAAACUUCGCUGAAACAAAUCUCACAGAAGAAUCCUUCGGACUUCGAUCGAUUUCGAAUCGUUGAUGAAAAUGGUAAUGACGUCACACCUCGACGGAUAGCAGAUGAUGUGCAAAUAAAAAUACAAAAGAAGUAUGAAGAGGAAACAAUAGGAAAUAAACGAAACACCGAUAAUCAAGAACGAUCCGUAUCAGAAACGAGUGUCGUUGCGAAUACAAAUUCCACAUCUCGGAAACUUCCGACUGAAACAGCAUUCUCCACUGGAGAAAGAAUUGCAUUGGAUAUUGGCACAAGAAUUCUUUUGGAAAGUGAACAUUUGCUCACCAAAACAUAUUCCAAUAGAACAUCUUGCAUUGGUGUCGAUAAUCAAAUUACACAAGCAACAUUUCAAUUUGGGAUUGACCUACAACGGACUGAUUCAACAACCGAUUGCAUUGUUCUAAAUGAAACUGAAACAAUAUUUAUUCUAAAUCUUACUAGUUCUGUAAUAACACCCAGUGACAACGAAACUGAGUACCGAAGAACUAAUGAGAAAAACCAAGCUUACUUAGAGUUAUGUAAAACUAAACAUGGAAAUGAUCUGUAUAUAGAGCGCAGUAUGCAAACAUUUAAUAAUCUAUCUAAGCAAGCAUAUGUGAAUACAGAUGCUCUAUUCAUCCGAUCUCAACAAUCAUGGGCGAAUCCAUGGGAUUUGCAUGAAUCACUGACUGAAGCGAAAAAGUAUGAAGGAAAAAUCUAUCGACAAUAUGCAGCAGAUAACAAUAAAGUUAUCGUUGAUGGAUAUUCGAAGAGUAACAUCCAGAAGACAAUCGCUUCAACGAAAUCAUCACAGAUUUCAUCAGCACUUUCUUCUCAAGAUUCUUCCGUGAAAAUGACAAUGUUGAAAGCGAAUUGUUUCGCAUUAGAUCCAAAGGAGGAAAAUCCAUUACCCGAUUUAGAUAUUCAACCAUUCAUCAUGGAAAGGAUCCUUAAUUUGAAUGUUUUUCAUGAAAAACAAGCUGUUUAUCAAGGUCUCCAUGGAGCAAACAAUAUCAAUCGAGAGAGUCGUUUAUCUACUAUUGCAAAUGAUGAUACCAUUUAUUUACAUCGCAAACAAAAUUUAUCAUUUAUGAAAAGUACGAAUGUGACAAUUGAGCGCCUAUGGAAUUAUGCCAGUCCUUUAACACAUGGUCGCAACGUGUCAUGUUUAUGUUGGAACGAGAGAAACCACAAUAUAUUAGCAGUUGGUUAUGGUAAAUUGCAAUAUAAUGAUGAAAAGGAAGGUCUUGUCUGCUGUUGGAGUUUGAAAAACUUUGAAUUCCCUGAACGUUAUUAUCAAACUGAUGCGGGUGUUACAUCAUUGUCAUUUAGUUUGAAGCGUCCAAACCUCCUAGCUGUCGGCUUAUUCGAUGGUAAUAUAUGUGUAUUCGAUCUCAAUGAAAACCACACUUCGGCAAUCGUUGACACCAGUGGUUACAUUCACAAACAUAUCAGUCCUGUUUGGCAAAUAACAUGGAAUGAACAGAUUCGUUCGUCUAAAACAGAUAAUAUGGAAGUACUUGUCUCAAUCUCAUCAGAUGGCCGCGUGAUGCAAUGGACGCUGCGCAAAGAGUUCGAAGCAAUGGAUCUUAUGCAUUUAAAACGCUAUGCAUCGUCUCAACAAACAUCAGAGAAUAAGAUUGGAAUGUAUGACAAUGCAAGCUUUGUUGGUGGCUUUUGUUUCGAUAUACGAUCGAAUGACAAAACUAUUUAUUUAUGCGGUACAGAUGAUGGUUUUGUUCAUUGCUGUUCUACACUGUACAAUGAAAAAUAUCUGGAAUCGUACAUCGGUCACAUAGGAGCGGUCUACAAAGUCCAUUGGUCUCCAUUUGCUGAAAAUAUUUUUCUAACUGCUAGUGCUGACUGGACGAUAAGAUUGUGGAUGACUGGACAUGCUGAAGCGUGCAUGGUAUUUUCCUCGGCGAAUUCAAAAAUGUUCCUCGAUGCCAUUUGGUCACCGAAAUCAUCAACUAUGUUUUGUUGUAUUAGUGAAAAUACCAUUGAAAUCUGGGAUUUAUCUGAAAGCAUACUUGAUCCAAUCUAUGUUGCUAGUUGCCCGGAACAGCUAGCAUUAACAUCGAUUAUCUAUGCAACGGAUUCUGAUUGUAUCUUAGUUGGCACCAGUGAUGGAUCUGUAUGGAUUUAUCAUAUAAAGAAUUUAUCUUCGAAUGCAAACGCAAAUGAUCUAUUAACUAUCGUCGAGCAACACACACAUAAUCGACUCGGUUUUCUUACUUAA